ACUUUGCUCCAUUUCAGUGGUGCAUUCUCGCCUCCUUGAUGCCUGACUACAUUUUACCUGUGACAAUUGUUAUUCAGUCGCAACUUGAUUCUAAUUUGUUUUAUGAAGAAACACACAACUCGGCUCGCUUUCAUUUUCCGUUCAUCUAAAGACGACGAGUUUCGACUUCCUCUGGCAGCUCCACCAACCAGGCCUUGCGAGUUAGUGAAACCAGCUGAAGAACAUUUAUUUAUAUAAUUAUACAAGUGUAAAUACGAUUAUUUAUUUAUUAUCGUCCGGAAAUAUGCUAGACUAUUAGGGUGACUGGAUCAUUUUUUGGAAAUGACGACUACCAAAAGGACAAUGCACUUGGAAGAAAUAGCAAAAAUCGAGAAGAAUCCAUUAUUAUUGGGCAACUGGUUAUUGGACGGAUUUGACUUUCUUUAAAAUUUAUUUUGUGGUUGAAUUGAACAAAGCAAGACAAGCACAAUGAUGGGCUGGAUGACGAGAAGCAGUAGCACUCCAGCUGUAGGAUUUGUCGAUAAGAAAAGGGUCGAACCUGGUGCGGCCUUUAGUGCGGUGGAAAAUCACUGGAAACAAGCGAAAACUGUAAUGGACAAUCCGAAUGCUCAGACUGCUUCAGAUGCACUGACCGUGAUUUCACACCUGAAUCAAAUGGUGAAUUUCCUAAAAUUAACAAGAAAUGACGGCCCUGAGCACAAAAAUUGUAAAAAGUUUUGGAUUGCGAAUCGUUGCUCAGAUAUAGUUCUUCAAUGGCUCCACUCCCUGCAAAUAAAAGGAACUCGUCUGGAAUAUGAAGAUGAAAAGAAACUGGUGCAAACAUUGGAGGCUCUUUGCGAACUUGCAUCCAUUGAUGGAGAAAUUUUGGGAUACGGUGGCUACUCGUCAAGUGGGAGCAGUUCAAUGGGUGGUAAUGGAGACGAUAACCCUGAUGCUGUGUGGGAUGGGGCCUGCUCAUUGUCUAGUCUGUUAUUGGAAUACAGUUUGAAAGGUGAUCCAUAUUUGGGGGAACCGGCAAGAAACUCCUUUGUCAUUUUGAUACAGCUCUCUGCAAAGUUUCCCGAGUUGGAAAACUGCUUCUUAAAGGACACUAGCCUUGAACUGAUGAACGUUGUGAUUAGCGGUUUGUCAGCGUGUUUUGCACAGCUACCAACAUUUUAUUCUGGGACGGACGAACAAAUUGAGCCUUUUAGAACUCAACUUAAAUUUGUGGAUAGAGUUGCGCACGCGGCCCCAUCAACCAUCUCUCUUACAAUUGCAGAUUGUUUCUCCAAUACAUUUUUAUAUGCCGUUAUCUUGCCAGCACUUACUCAGGAUGAUGGGAACCGUAGUUUGCACAGACGAGAUGACCAUUUCGUUACGAGCUUACAUGAAGAGAUUGCAAUUGUGACUAGCUACUUAAAGAUCGUGGGUGAACACCUCACUCAUCCUCAACUGGUAAAAAGUCUGAUGACCUUUAUUCUGAACAAUUUAACAAUGCCUAUUUUGCUCGAACGAAUGAAUCAUCAAAAUGUGUCUGUGACAGUGGCUACACUAAGUUUGCUAAGUACGCUUCUUACGUUUUAUUGUGAGGACCUCUGGUACGAACUUAUCCUGCGUCACUUGAUGUCCCAGCGUCACCUGAUGGUUUCACAAAGGACAAUCCGUCUCCCACCUAUCGACUAUCAAGAGGCGUCCCUCCGUUUUCUUUCAUUAAUUCCAUCCCCAAUUGUUGAAGUUAUGGGACCUGAAGCAAUCAACUAUCAUUACAGCCAAUAUUUGGAUAAUGAGAUGAGUCGGCUACCAAUAUUUCUCAAUCAAGAGUUUUCUUUUUCCGAAAAAAGUACAAAUACAAGAACCCAACCCUCAAUUUUUUCAAUGUGGUCAAAUAAAUAUGACGGGACCGACGAAAUAUUGCCACCUUUGAAAUUGCCAAUAAGUUCGAGUAGUUAUAAUCAAGAUCCGUCUCUAAAUAUUCAUCCACUUCAUGAUAACAUAUUAGAAUCACAAAAUACGCAAAGUUUUAACAACCGUGGAGUUGGUGAUCCGUUAACAACAAAAGAAGUGUCAUCGGAACAUUGCGAACCAAAUAAUACUAAUGAUCAAGAAGGGGGAGGAUUGGGAAGUGAUCCAUUCACGACAAUUUCUCUUCAACCAAGAACAGAUGAACCUACUAGUUUAGGAGCCGAUUCCAACGCAAACUCUGAAGAUUUAUCAAUCAAUCCGUCCGUAACAAACGAAAGAGGUCUUUUUGGGAGUGAUGGCUAUGGAAGUCUAGAAUAUGAAUUCAAUGGAUCAAGUUCAUCAUCAGAUGCUGCGUCCCUAGGACCCUUUCUGGAUAUUAUGCUAAACCAUUUAAAAAAUCUUAGUAGACUCCAUCCAGACAUGAUACUUAUGGUCACUGAGAUCAUGUCGAUACUUGCACGAAGUCGAGUUCCUCUACUUACAUCAAUUCUUCUAGAUACGCGUAUUAUUUUGCAACCGUCCUACGUCUCUUUUUCGCUUUUGCUCAAUAGAAUCAGAGUGGAAUUUGAGCAAGCUUUGAGAAGUAAUUGCAGUAUUCUAAAGGAUGUUUGGACCACAUACAACAAAGAAAUUGCAGAACUGCAGUUGCAAGACCCUACAUAUCACAAUUCGUCCAUUUCAUCUUCAACGUCCAUGAAUUUUAUCCACUCUCUAUCAACAUCAUUUGACUCGUCCUUUGGAGACAAAUCCUUCACAGAAAGUAUAAAGAAAAAAAUCCAUAGCAGCUCCCUACUUAACAAUGUAUUUCAACGCAAACCGUCAACUGGAUCCCUAUCGAGGAACAGUAUGCCGACGUCCUCCCCAGGCUCUGUAGGAGGAUCCAGCUUGAACGGAUCUGAGCUAAAUGAUAACUUCAAGUCACCCACAAAUCUACAAAGCUAUAGACACCGGACAGGACAAAACAUUUCACCCGAGUCACCCUUAGUACAACAGCAGAAAAUCAAUCAAUCUACGGAAUCCUUGAAAAUUAUGGCAACACGAGCAAUUUACUUUGCCCAUUGGCUUCUAGAAUUAUCUACUAUUUCACAGGAGUUUUGUUGGAAAAAACCCUAUAUAGGUUUCAAACAUUAACAAAUUAUUAGUAACUCAUCCUCCGUUUUGAAACAACAAGUAUUAUUAAAAGCCAAAAAUGUGCAAGUAUUUUUGCUAACUAUAUGUAUGUAUGUACAGGAACGAGAAUAGUUUAGUAGCGGCCCAUAUACAUACAUACUUGUGCAUUUGUUUUUUAAUGUCGUAAAUCUUUAUCUAACCAAUUUUUCAAGUAAUCUCGACUCAUACAGUUAUACUAAAGAAGGCAUGAUAAAAAUGACAAAAUAUUUAAAUGUUUUAAUGUAUAUGUUAGUUUAUUGUUGAUCUGGAUUUUUGCGCUUAAGCUAUCUAGAAGGACAAAUUUACACAAUAUAUGUUAAAUCAAAUUGAAGAAAUAAAGCAAUACUCACAGAGAAGCAAAGUA